AUGUUGCCUAUAACAUUUGACCUCGCAAAAUAUCCAACCGUUGAUACCAUCAGAUUAUUAGCAUCGUUGUUGGAGAGAAUGACACUGGCCAAUGAUCUGUUAAACAAGCAGCAACCACAGCAACCAUUACCACAGCAAUCGCAGACAUCUUCGCAGCAACAGCAGCGUCGUGCUUCCUUGCAACCACCACAGACACCGACCUACACCCGGUUUCAUGCCAGACUAGUGCCUUCGAUUGACAUCUACUCCUACUUGUCCAGGAUACUGAAGUACUGUCCCUGUGCAAACGAAUGCUUCUUGAGCUUAUUAGUAUAUUUUGAUCGCAUGUCUAAAAAUUCACUGGCGUUGACUGGGAGACCAUUUACUAUUGAUUCGUUUAAUAUUCAUCGACUCAUUAUAGCUGGUGUAAUGGUAUCUAGCAAGUUCUUCAGUGACGUGUUUUACACCAAUACUCGAUAUGCAAAGGUGGGCGGUUUGCCAGUCAGUGAAUUGAACAGUCUGGAGCUGGAAUUUCUCAAACUGAAUGGCUUCAAUCUCACUGUACCUAUCAGUGAACUGCAAAAGUACGGUGAUCAGUUGCUGAAGGUUGGCUACAUGACACAGGUGAAAUCAACCAACUUUCGUCAUACUCGCUCAAGCUCAUUGGAUCAAGCAAGAGACGUGGAAAGAGUUUGUGAUUUAACACAAAGAAUGUCACUAGAUGAACAGCAAUAUCAACAACCUUAUCAUCAUCAACAACAUCAUCCGCAUCAACAAUACCAACAGCAGCGUUAUUACAAUAAUAACAGCAACAACAAACGGCAAUCUCAUCAAGUUCGCCGUAUGACCAGUACAAAUAGCUUGAAAGAAAACGGUAGAUUCAACUACGAACAACCACGACAUUCUCGAUCUAGCGUAAACUUGCAUCAAGUUUGGAAGCCAAGUAGUCCUCUCCCUCAGCAGGAAGAAGGCAAGAAUCGUCGAUUGUCCUUGACAUCUAUUCAUGCACCUCCUUUCAUACCUAGCAGUGAGUUGCAACAGCAAACACAACAACAGCGGCAACACCAGCAGAAUCAGCAACACCAGCAGUUUCAACAGUUGCAGCAUCAGGGUCAAAUCUAUUACUAUCCACCAAUGGGGAUACCUACGCCUCCACCUUCUGCCUCACCAGUUCAUCAUCAACCUACUUACUACUUGUAA